AUUAUUGAGUUGGAUGUUUAUCCGGACGUUCGUUUGUGAAAUCACUAUUUUUAACGGUACGGUUAUGUCAUUAAUUAUUCUAAAACUGGAACAAAAAAGGAAACUUAAACACAAAAGAAAUACUAGGUCAAAAGGAAAGAUUUGAAAUGCAAAGCUCGUCAAACGACGAAGAUGAUGUUAAUUGCAAAAUGCCCACUACAAUCAAAUUCGACGAUUGGAAGACGUCUUUUGAAAGGUUUGAAUACGCAAUAAAUGGUUUGGUGAACAAAAAGCGGAACACAUCAAAGGAAGAAAACGCAUAUCUUGAACGAUUGCUGCAAAAGUCAAAGGAAGACAACGCUAAUUUCAGACGUGAAAAAGCACUACUGCGGGCUCGUGACUUAAUGACUCAAUCACAAGACGACAUACUUGCAAAUCAAAAAAGAACCGAAGAAAUGUUUGUUCAGGUUUAUGACACUCUUCACGAAAAACUACAAAAAGCGGAAACUGAACUUUCCGAGCUGAAGAUCAGAUGUAUAAGGCCAUAUGAGGAACAACAUUUGCGCAAAGAGCUAGAAAAUAAGGAAGAGCAGGUUCGUCUCCUUAAGGAACAAAAAGACAUCAUGAAAAAAACUAUAAGUGUGCUUUAAAAAACGAUUGCAACAUUGGAGAAAGAUUCUACAACAGCAGACGAAUUUGGUAAAGAAAGUACGUCUCUGGUGGAGCUUAUAGAGGAACAAGCAAAACUGCAAGUGGAAUAUGAACUUAGUAAUGAGCGUCUAGAAAAUUUGGAGCAAGCUUCUAAUGACUCCGUCAGUACAGAAACGGUACACAUGCCUUAACGUUAGUUUAAACCUAUCUAUUCUUACUCGAUUGCAUCGACAGCCUCAGGCAUAUUGAAACGCUUUCGAGUCCGUUUCCUGGGCCAAUAACAAGUAUUUGAGAGUGUCUUUGAGGGAGAUGUCAAGAACGCUCCCUUAGUGGGGAUCGAACCCGUGACCUGCCCGAUCGGUAGGCGGACACCAUAUCCAUUACGUCAUUUCUUAAUGUUACGUUGAUGAUAUAAUCGUUUGUCAAGUGUACUUUUUUUAAUUGAUGAACGAUUGGACACUAUUGGUGUAGAAGUAAUUCACAAUGUUGACUCAGUAGAGACUCUUUUUUUAAGUGUAAAGGUAUCUUUUUUUUCUAUGUCUUGUCACUAUUAACCAUACUUGAAAAAAAAGAAGUGAAGAUGAAAGGCAGUAAAUAUUUAAAGUGUCGUUUACGCAAACAUGCACACUAUUUAUGUGAGUUCAUUGAAUAAUAAGUCGUAUUGAACCAAAGCGCGCUAUCAGACAUUGCAAUCAGAUUUCGAACUAACCAUGCCAAACAAUGAGCAUGCCAUCUUGGUUCAAUCCUUUAUUAAACAUUUUGAUAACUUAAAUCCCAUUUUCGAAGCAGUAUUAAAUUCUCCACCAUUGCAUUCCAAGGCCGAAUAUCAAAUU